AACUGAAGGAUGCUGUGCAAGAAAAGAAUCUCCUGAGCCUUCAGUAUGCAACUGUGUCCCACAAAGCACUGCAAUAUGACCAGGUAAAAUCAGAUUAUGACCAUCUUAGAGAAACCCUUCUCAAAGUGACCAAAGAACGAGAUUUGGCUCUAAAGGGAAAAUACCAGCUCCAAGCCAAGCUGGAGAACUUAGAGCAGGUCCUAAAGCAUAUGCGAGAGGCUGCUGAACGGCGGCAACAGCUGGAGUUGGAGCAUGAGCAAGCCUUGGCUGUUCUCAACGCCAAACAGCAGGAAAUUGAACUCCUGCAGAAGGCUCAGGUUGAAGCUAAGAAGGAGCAUGAGGGAGCAGUUCAAUUGCUAGAGGCCAAGGUCCGAGAGCUAGAGGAGAAAUGCCGGACACAGAGCGAGCAAUUUAACCUCUUGUCCAGAGAACUGGAGAAGUUUAGACAGCAAGCAGGGAAGAUUGACCUCCUGAGCAGCAGCACGGUGGCAUCCUCAGAUAUUUCUGGUUCUCCCGGUAAAUCUCUAUCCCAGUUAAUGAAUGGAAUAGCAACUUCUAUAGGCAAAGGUCAUGAAAGUCCUUCUGGAAGUCGUUGUGUAAUCUCAGAAUUUAUACGACCCCUUCAAAUAUCUGGAGACAAACCAGAACAAUUGUCUGUCAAACCUACAUUCCUAUCCAAGUCGAGAUCUGGUUCCCCAAGAUGCAGAUUUGAUUCAGACAUGGAUAAUGAUCAGAAUUCCAAUACCUCAAAGCAGAGAUAUUCUGGGAAAGUCCAUCUUUGCAUUGCCCGUUAUAGUUACAACCCUUUUGAUGGACCAAAUGAAAAUCCAGAGGCAGAGCUCCCUCUUACGGCAGGAAAGUACCUUUAUGUGUAUGGAGAUAUGGAUGAAGAUGGGUUUUAUGAAGGGGAACUUCUAGAUGGACAAAGAGGACUAGUCCCUUCAAAUUUUGUGGAUUUCGUUCAAGACAAUGAGACCCGGUUAUCAAGCACAUUAAGCAGUGAACAAGAUCAGAAUUUUAUCAACCAUUCGGGUCCUACUUUGGAAGGAGAUCUCUUGGAGAUAAGUCCACCAAGUCACAAAGACUCUAGUGUAAUCAGCAAUGGCGCAGGGACUCUGGAUGUGAACAUUGAUGAAAUUGGAGAAGACAUUGUGCCUUAUCCUAGAAAAAUCACCCUUAUUAAACAACUAGCCAAAAGUGUCAUUGUGGGCUGGGAGCCACCGGUAGUGCCACCCGGAUGGGGAACCAUUAGCAGCUACAACGUUCUGGUUGACAAAGAAGUACGGAUGAACAUAGCCUUGGGAAACAGAACAAAAGCUCUUAUAGAAAAGCUUAACAUUUCUACUUGUACAUACCGAAUAUCAAUUCAGAGCAUUACAAACAAGGGUAACUCAGAUGAACUGCAGUGCACUUUGUUAGUUGGGAAGGAUGUCAUAGUAGCCCCCUCUAAUCUUAAAGUGGACAAUAUAACCCAGAUUUCGGCUGAGCUGUCCUGGCUCCCUACAAAUAGUAAUUACAGUCAUGUGAUCUUUCUCAAUGAAGAAGAAUUCGACAUUGUCAAGGCUGCUAGCUACAAGUACCAUUUUUUUAAUUUGAAGCCCAAUAUGGCCUACAAGGUGAAGGUCAUGGCAAAGCCCCAUCAAAUGCCCUGGCAGCUUCCCCUGGAACAACGAGAAAAAAAGGAAGCCUUUGUGGAAUUUUCUACAUUGCCAGCAGGUCCUCCAGCUCCACCUCAAGAUGUUACCAUACGGGCUGGGUCCACCCCUGCAACCAUACAGGUGUCCUGGAAACCACCAACUCUGACAGCCACAGGGACCUCCCAUGGCGCCAGCGUCACAGGCUAUGGGGUUUAUGCAAAAGGUCAACGGGUGGCGGAGGUGAUCUUUCCAACAGCAGAGAACACAUUGGUGGAACUAAUGAGACUAAGGAGUUUGGAAGCAAAGGAAGUCACAGUUCGAACCCUCUCUGCACAAGGGGAAUCAGUGGACUCUUCUGUUGCUGCCAUUCCGUCUGACCUACUGGUGCCUCCAACCCCUCACCCCAGAACUGCUCCCAAAUCUAAGCCAUUAGCAAGUGCCGGAGCCCCAGAAACCAAAGAACAUUUAGGUCCACGUUUAAAAAUGGAUGAGUCAUGGGAGCAGACUCGUUCGGCAUCCCCUGUUCAUGGACACAUGCUAGAGCCACCUGCUCCUAACUUUCACGGCCCGCUUCAAGGAAGGAGGUCUCCAUCACCUAACCGAAUCCUUCCUCAACCUCAAGGCACACCUGUCCCAAAUACUGUCGCGAAAGCCAUGGCAAGAGAAGCUGCACAACGAGUUGCAGAGAGCAACAGGAUGGAGAGGAGGAGUGUUUUUAGCGAAAGGAGUAACGCAGCCCAGUACACUAACUCAGAUGAUGAGGAAGAUGGCUAUGAUUCUCCUAAUGUCAAAAGAAGGGGGGCUUCAGUUGAUGACUUCCUGAAAGGGUCAGAACUUGGAAAGCAACCUCACUAUUGCCAUGGUGAAGAGUACCACACAGAGAGCAGCAGAGGUUCUGACUUGUCUGAUAUUAUGGAAGAAGAUGAGGAAGAGCUGUACUCUGAAAUGCAGCUGGAGGAUGGAGGAAGGCGACGAGUCAGUGUGACUUCCCACAAUGCACUGAAGGAGUGCGAUAAGAAUAAGACCACUGAAGCCACUUUUUUGGAACAUCCUGACUUUUCCCAGCAGAUACAUCACAGUAAAAAGCUUUUCAGUAUUCCAGAAGUAGCUGAAGAGGAUGGUGAAUACUCUGAACUACUAUACAAGCAGGGUUUAGGUAUGGCCUAUAAAAAGAAUCCCACAAUAGCUAGAGACUCUAGACCACCUAGGCCCUACAAUCAAGACCAGCAGCACAACUUCUGGUACCCAGCCAAGCACAGAAUUUCAGGCAUGGAGGAUUUUGCUGCAGACGACAAAGGAUGUAAAUAUAGCCGAUCCUUAUCAAGAAGCCCAGACAGUGGACUAGACUGUGGAAGUGAAGAAGAAGAAUCUCGUUUUAAUUUCAGAUACACUUGCGAUGCAGUUUCUGCCAAUGUUGCAUCUAGCUGUUGUGCAGAGACUGCUCCCUGUUCCUGCAGGAAGAGCAUGAGGCCAUUACUUGCUCGCAGGAAAACUUUAACCAGACAAACCAGCAUCGAAGAAGAUUUUGGUGACCUGGGUCCUUCCUUUGUAGAGCCCAGGAGUGAACAGGUCAAGCCCACUUACGAGAAAAAGUAUGACACUCAGAAAUGUAAUAGAACAGAUAAUUUGUCUAAUGAAGAUGUUCAGGGAGGCUGGAAGACCGACUUAAAAAUGGGUGACUCUAGGGCAGCUGGUCUACUUGCAAAGCCAUCCCACAGAGAUGCAGAAGACUCUCUGCUUUUAGGUAAUCCAUCAUCCGCAGGACGGCCUGAGAGGGUGGAGCAUGCAGGGCGAAGGUCCUCUCAUGGCAGUGCAGUGCCACAAAGGUCUCGACCAAUGUUGGUCCCUUCCAUUGAUGGCUAUGGUGGUCAUGACCAUCUUUCUCCAGAUAUUUAUGAAGAGUCAGAAACAGAUCCUGGCACAGAAGAUAUUUCUACUCGAAUAUUUGUUGCACUCUUUGAUUAUGAUCCGCUGACGAUGUCCCCAAACCCUGAUGCUGCAGAAGAAGAGCUGCCAUUUAAAGAAGGACAGAUCAUUAAGGUUUAUGGGGACAAAGAUGCUGAUGGAUUCUAUCGUGGAGAAACCUGUACCAGAAUUGGCCUUAUCCCAUGUAACAUGGUCUCGGAGAUCCAAGCAGAUGAUGAAGAGAUGAUGGAUCAGCUGCUAAAGCAAGGGUUUCUUCCUUUGAACACACCAGUUGAGAAAAUUGAAAGAAACAGACGGAGCGGCAGACAGCAGUCAGCGUCUACGAGGAGGAUGGUGGCACUGUACGAUUACGAUCCGAGAGAAAGUUCUCCUAACGUUGACGUAGAGGCUGAGCUGACGUUCUGCACAGGGGACAUUAUCACCGUCUUUGGGGAAAUUGAUGAAGAUGGCUUUUACUAUGGUGAACUUAAUGGACAAAAGGGGCUGGUUCCUUCCAACUUUCUUGAAGAAGUGCCUGAUGAUGUUGAAGUCUUUCUAUCUGAUGUACCCUCGCGAUACGUUCAUGAUACACCGAUGCGUACAAAAGCAAAAAGGGUAAGCAAAUGAAUAAGUAAAACUUAUUUUUUUUAUUUCCCAUUCCAUUCUGCCUCAUAUAUA